GUAUAGGUAUAGAAGACAAAAAGUAUGGCAGUGUAUCUUACCAUGUCAUCCCGCUAUGCAUGGGUCCUCACUCCGCUGCUAUCUGAAUGUGCAACAUGAGACUGAAUCCUCCCCUGGAACAUGGAAAGAAUCUGAGCGAAUUGUGGUAGGAAUUGUCCAUGUUCUGGCGCAGCAUUCAUUCUCAUUUUGCACAUUUGGAGAGUGGUGGAGCAAGUGCACGUGUGUGGCAUCUAGCAAGGGAACCUUCCCAAACAGCAGAAAAUUUUGGGCACCAUGACUGCGUCUUCAGCAAUGACAGCGGAGUGAUGGUGGGUGCUGUUCUUUAUGGACAUACAGCAAGACUGUGGGAUGCCUUUGUUACACCAGAGGUACUUGUCACUGCCAGCGAGGACUGCAGUUGCAGAGUGUGGACAGUUAAUGGUGACCACUUGGCAACUAUUCGCGGGCACAUAGGACGAGGAAUCUGGCGAUGCAUUUAUGACCCACACUCAAAGCUAUUGAUCACUGCAGGUGCAGAUGCCUCCAUCAAGUUGCACUCCCUCGCACGUUUCGUUGAUAGACCUAUCUGUCCCUCCGAAGCCGUUGGCCAGGGGAAGUAUUUCUCGGCAACAGAUGCAUUUGAGAAACUCUGCAUUGAUCUGAGGGUAGAGAUGCAAGUUGCAGCUUUUGGGCAAGUUCAGGGUGCAGUGCGUCCACAAAGAGGCCCCACUGACAGGCGCAAGGAGAUUGAGCAUGUACAUAUAGCUCUUGUAAAGCGUAUCCAUGUGCCUUCUACUUUUGCUGCGUUUUCUACCUCGUUUAAUUUUCUUUCUCCUGAUGAGGAUGAUCCUCCACCGGAAGUCCCAGCGAACAUUUGCCGGCUAUUAGAUCGAUGCGCUGAAGUUUUGGCCGAACCUCAUGGAGUUCCCGAGCGUCCGGUCAAAAACAAAAUCGAGAUAAUAGAGGGGAGUGUUCCUCCAAAGGGCUGCGUCUACCGUAUGGGACGAGGCGAGUUGGAGGAGUUCAGGAGGCAGAUUGAUGAUAUGAUUGACCGUGGAUGGAUUAGGCUUAGUGAGUCUGAGUUCGGUGCACCUGUCCUAUUUGUGCCAAAGAAAGGAGGCAAACUCCGGAUGUGUAUUAACUACCGUGGCCUUAAUCGGAUGACAAGGAAGAAUGCUUACCCUUUGCCUCGCAUAGAUGAUCUGCUAGAUGCGGCAGGUGGGUGCAAGGUCUUCUCCAAGAUCGACCUCAAAUCUGGCUACCACCAGAUUGAAGUUGAUCCGAGUGACCAGCACAAGACUGCAUUCAAGGCAUGCGACGGGCUGUACGAGUUGAUCGUUAUGCCCUUCGGUCUUACGAAUGCACCGGCCACAUUCCAGUGCCUCAUGAACAAGGUACUUCGCCAUCAACUCAACAGGUUUGUGGUUGUGUACCUUGACGAUAUCCUGAUCUUCAGCAAGACCAUGGAAGAGCAUCUCAGGCACCUUGAGGAAGUUUUGCAGGUCCUCAAGGAGGCGCAACUGCACCUGAACUUGGAGAAAUAUGAGUUUGGUAGGGACAGCGUCAUCUAUCUUGGGCAUCGGUUGUCUGCAAACAGCCUUAAGCCGGAGGCAACCAAGGUUGAGGUCAUCCGAAAGUGGCCUCAACCAGCAAAUGUACGCGAACUGCGUUCUUUUCUUGGUCUGGCCUCGUUUUACCGGAAGUUUGUGCCCAAAUUCUAUGUCAUUGCUCACCCUCUCUCAAGACUAACCAGCAAGAAUGUUGCCUAUGCAUGGUGUGAGAAGUGUGAGACUGCGUUCCAAGCCUUGAAAGAGGCAUUGGUGAGUCAUCUUGUGCUUCGCAUUGCAGAUCCCAAUCUCACGUUCGUAGUCACUACGGAUGCGAGCCAGUUCGGGAUUGGUGCAGUGAUGCAACAAGAUGAUGGUGAUGGCUUGCGUCCGCUCGAGUAUUACAGCAAACGCAUGCCCAGCCACAAGGUAGCUACUUCCACGUAUAUGCGUGAGCACUAUGCCCUACGCGAAGCUCUCGCACAUUGGAAGCACUACCUCUUGGGUCGCCACUUUAAGGUCUACUCAGAUCAUCAGACCUUGCAGUGGAUUCAGACACAAUCAGAACUCUCUCCUACAUUGACCCGCUGGUUGCAUGACAUUGAUGUCUACAGCUUUGAAUUGAAACACAAGAAAGGUUGUUAUAACCGGGUUGCUGAUGCAUUGUUGCGCCAUCCUGAAUUCUUGACUUGCCUUGUGGGUUCGUACGACCUCCGAAGGAAACUGAAGGAGGAUCUGAUCGAACACACCGCCAAGGACCCGGACCUUACUCCCAUCCUUGAGCAGCUCAAGGCUGACCCUAACAGUCAGCCUGAUUCUCAUGAAUGCGAGGGUUUUGUAUUCCGCCGGUAUGGGAAGUUUGACCGUUUGUGUGUACCCAACCAUGCGCCUCUCCGAACUCAUUUCUUGGAUUUGGCGCAUGUUCGGAGUGGACAUUUUGGCUUUGAGAAGACUUAUGGAAGUCUUCUGCAGCAGUUUGAUUGGCCAGGGAUGAAAGGAUCUGCUCAGAAAUUUAUUGUUGAAUGCCAGGUAUGUCAGGGAACCAAGGUCCACAGGCAUAAGCCUUAUGGCCUGCUUAGACCCCUCCCCAUUCCCAAUGGACCCGGUGAGUCGAUUUCCAUCGACUUCACAAACAUGGGAAAGGUGAGUGUAGCAGGGAAUUCACAAGUCAUGGUAAUAGUGGAUCGUUUCUCCAAAUUCGUGAACCUGAUCCCUUUUCCUCCCCAUGCCCCAACAAAACUUCUCAUCGAAGAGUUCCACCAGCAGUAUAUUUUGCAGUAUGGCCAACCGAAAACCAUUGUAAGCGAUCGGGACACCCGAUUCAUCUGUAAAGAUUGGAGGGACUUCACGUCUCAGAUCUACGACAUCAAACUGAACAGGACUUCUGGUCGACACCCCGAAGCCAACGGAUUGGCUGAGGAGAUCAACCAGACUGUCAUCCAACUACUUUGCGCGUUGAUUGUUCCAGAUCAGAACACAUGGGACAAAGAGUUGCACAAAGUAAAGGGGCUGUACAACAACUCCAUUCACUCUGCAACUGGUGUGACACCAAACCAGUUGCAAUAUGGAUGGCCAAUGCGCAAUCCCCUCUCCUAUCUGUUCCCCGAACGGUCACCUGGUCUGAUGCCCGACAUGCCUGGCUACAAUGCCAAGUACGCACGCUUGCUCAAAGUUGUGACCGCAGCCAUGAACAAGCGCCAGCAUGGCAUGAUCAAACAUGCUAACAAGUUCCGCAAAGAAGAGAAAUUCAAACACGAACUGUUCAUGAAGGCGACACAUGCCAUCUUGGACGACACCUUCUGGGCAGAUGUCGAGAAGGUGAUGCAGACGUCCAAGCACCUGCUCGAACUUUUGAAGAAGGUCGAUGACACGGGCCCCACCAUUAGUAAGGUGUACGCCCGUAUGGACAACGCAGUGGAGAAACUAAGGGAGAACACACACUUUGCCGAAGCGGAGAAGAAGGAACUCGAUGAGAUCAUCAUGCCGCGCUGGGAUAAGGGAGAGCACGCACUUUGCCGAAGCGAAGAAGAAGGAACUCGAGGAGAUUGUGAUGCGCCGUUGGAAUACAAUGACACCACCGCUCCAUUGUGCUACGCUAUUCUUGGAUCUAAAGUACAGAGCGUCGAGACCGGAGACGGAUGCAGAGGUUGUGAAUGGGUUUUGGACUUGGUUUACUCAUGGUGCAAGGAGUCUUUGUAUGUUGAGGAUGACUCAAAGGCUGAUAAGGAUUCUACGAAAUGGGAAGUGGACGAACCGGUGGAAGAUGUCACACGGGAUGAGAUGGCAGCGGAUGCACAGCUGCGGUUGGCGGAGUGGCGUGCCAGCUGCACAGAAGAGAGCCGGUUGGUGAUGCAGGUGAGAACGAUGACUCAGGCUCCGAUGACAACGACAACAUUCCCUUUCAAGCACCAAAAACGCCUGCUCCAGAGGAGUGACGGAAGUGAUGGCAGUGGCGAUGGUCAUGACAGGAGUGGCGGCAGCGAUGGGACUGAUGGCAGUGGCACGGAGGAUGAAAGCGAAGGCGAUGAGAAAGAUAGUCAUGAUGGGAGUGGCGGCAGUGACGGGACUGACGGGAGUGGCGGCAGCGACGGGACUGAUAGCAGUGGCAAGGAGGAUGCAAGCGAAGGCCACGAGAAAGAUGGCAGUUCGUCGGAGGAGGGGGGCGACUCCGAAUCAGAACCCCUCCGAAGCGAGUUUGUCAGGUGCAUAGUGCUUGCUGGAGAUGCACGUUUAUAUGUGGCAACAAACAAAGGAUAUCUUCAUGCUGUUGAUCCCCCGGAUUGCACUCUAUCGAAGGCCAGGAUGCACAUCUUAAAUCAUCAGCUGGCUGAUGAUUCUGGAUCCUGUGUACUGCACCACCCAUUAGUAUGCCUGACUGUACUGACGCUCAGAACCAAGCAGCCGAAGAACAACUGGGGCUGGGAUGGUUGUCAAAGAAAGCCACCAUCAGAAGAAUCUGCCUGCUGUGCAAAGCUUGCAGCACAUGACGUGGUGCUUUCUGGAGAUGUAAAUGGGAUGGCAUGCUGGCUGCUUCUACGACGAUCACAUCCGUGUGAUGCAAGGCAGAGUCACAAUAGGAAGGCUUCAGGAGAGUGGAAGAGCAGAGCUGCUGGGUAUUCUGGAGAUCUUUGUGGAAAAGAAGAUCUGACUGCAGUGCAUGAAGACAGACUGUUAGGAUGGUGCCGGUGGCAAGCUAGUGGCAUGCAGCGACUUCUCGGAGUCUUUUUAUGCGAGUCGUUAGGAGAAAGGCAUGCGUUCUCAACCAACGCUCGUGGGGAGAUACUCUGGUGGCAGAUCCAAUCUAUGGAGGCUAUGCAUACGAUGCACGCUGAUCGUGAAUAUGUCUCGGGCGUGGAUGCGGGUUCUACUGACAAACCACCAUUUGGCAAGAAGGUGCAACAAAUGAGAGCGCAGCUUCUUGCAAAGUGUGAAUCACCUGCAGGGCAUCGGAUUCUCUGCAUAGACGUCAGUUCCAAGUUGGAGCUCAUUGCGUGCGGUGAUCAAAAAGGGAACCUUAUUCUGUUCUCAGCAACAGGUGUGGAGGACUUUUUCCCGCACAUGUCUGAUGCUGAUAAUGUCCCCACGAAACAAGAACCUCUGGUUGCUUCGCAUUUGGUUGCUCUUCUCCGUGGAGCUCAUGGGAUAUCCGCAGUGACAGGAGUGCAAAUCAAGCUUGCGAGGAGCAGCGGUAUAGAUGCGACUCUUGUAUCGACGGGGAGGGAUGGCUGUGUUUGUACUUACGAGUACACAAAGCAAUCCAAGAGUUCUUCUGCUCACACAGCUAGCAAGGAUGGUUGUUCUAGCAGCAGAGGAUCAGGACCCGCUGCAGUUGCGCUCUCCAAAGUCCUGAUUUGUUCAGGGGUUGAGCGUAUUCCAGUUAUUCCGUCUGUUGAAUGGGUUGGUUGGAGAGGAGCCUCGGAGGAGGAUGGAGAGAGGGUUGCUGUAGGCUUUUCUGGUGCCGACUUUGUGAUUUGGAGCUUCACUCAUCACUCAGAGGUUGCACGGAUUCCCUGUGGCGGUUGGAGGAGGCCGCAUUCUUUUACUAUUGGCCGCGGAGAGGGCCCUGAAAACCUCUGCUUUGUGUACCUCAAGGACCAACUAUUUAAGUUUCAUCGACACCUGGCCAAUCGACAUGCGCCCUCCAAAAGAAGCCUAGAAAUAAGGGGCAGAGCAAGUCACCCAAGCAAUCUCUCUUCCAGCUUACAGUCCUUGACAAAGUGGCCACGAUCACUUCAUGUCAACUACCACGGAAAGGAAAUCCAUACGGUCAAGUUCAUACCGAACCCCAUGACACUCCCUGCUAGUGUGAACAGCCAACAGAUUCCUGACUGUAGCAGUUGGAGCGGUGCUGUGCCUGAGUCUUGUACCAAGCCCAUUGCUACAUGCAAGGAAUUGUCCAUUGUAACAGGAGCAGAGGAUGGGACAGUGCGGAUUAUCAGGUAUGACCCACAGAGGACACAAGCUCUGCAGUUUGCGAGCAUCCAGGGUGAGCACGUGGGCGGUUCAGCUGUGCGUGCUUCUGCUCUUGUGCCUCCAAGAUGGAAGCGUCUGACAGAAAAUGGUCAAGAGUGGGAAAGGCGCGAGGGUGACUGUCUGAUCGGCCCACAGGGACUGCCGAUAAGCAGAAACCACCUUCCCAUAGGUGAACUUGGUGUAGGAGAUGGAGCAAGAACCAGGCACUCAAUAGUCCCAUGUGAGAACAGGGAAGCUCAUCCUGAAGGACCUGAGCCCUUUUUGUUGUUCACAGCAGGAGCAAAAGAGGUGCUUACCUGUUGGGCCUACGAGUUUGAGUGGGUUAAGCAACCGGACACGGAGCUGUGCGGUCCAGCUGCGAAGGAAUCCAAUCCUGGACGGGUGAACGUAGGGAGAAGAAAUAAUGACACCUUCGUAGAAACCGGGGGACGAUGGGAGCUGAGGUCGAGGUGGUUGAGUACUCUGACCCCUGGCCGUGUUCACAGGGUGCUGAAAAUGCACUGCAAUCAGCAAAGGGAACAUAGCGGUGGCACUUCAUACGGAGUGAGCCCAACAGAGAUGACUCAGCAUCAACCUGAUAUUGCCAUCAGAAGAGAAAACCACAGUGUCGCAGUGAAGGAUGCGACUAUUACGGUGCCCCGUUGCGGAGAAGCUCCAGCGGGCAAUAGCCAUCCAGAGGUGGAUCAUCACGUUCCACAUGCCAGACACAUCCGAGCACAUUCAUGUAGAACUCGUGAAGGUGGAGGCGGCAGUUUCGCAGGGAAUCAGGAUGACUCGACUGAGAGAACUGGCAGUUUGGCUGAUCACAGUGAUAAGGCUCCAGUCAGCAACAGCAGGGAGGAUUAUGAUGCGGAUGAAGACAGUGAGUGCAACAAUCCGAACAUCAGAAAACUACCACAGCAUGAUAGUGUGAAAGACGCUACGGAAAUGUGUAAAUUGAAGGCCAGAGCAGAUGGUGAUAGCCAUGGCCAUGGUGGCACUUUGACCUGUGGCUCUCCUGGUUCCGAACAGAGGGUUGAGACAGGGCUUGAGACAGCAAAACAGAACUUGGUUGAUGAGGACGAUCAACGGUAUCUUGCUCUGACAGCAUUCAGCGCAGGCGAUUGGACCUCUGGAUCCCUUCUCUGCUUUGUUGUUGCAGCAAGCUCCAAUGCAAAUUUGACCUUAUUUGGAAUGCACGUGGCAUCUCGUUCAUGGUAUUGUACGGACGUGCUGAAGACGAAGCUGAGCUAUGGCCUCACAGGUAAGCCGACAGAGACCAAGGGUGGUACGACCACACACCCCUACACACCUGAAGAAGAGGCCAAGGCCGCCGCAAUCCUGAAGGAGAGGAGAGAGAAGAAGGAGGCCUUGUUGGAGGCGCAGGUGGCGAAAUUGAAGAAGAUUGAGGAGGAGAUGACCAGAGAGAAGGAGAGGUUGAAGAAAGAAGAAGAAGCGAAGUUAAAAGAGGUGGAAGAGGAGGAGGAGGAAGAUGAGCAGCCGUUGGAAAGGAGGAGAGAGCAACGAGGGCAGUACAGUGGGAGUAAAAAUGAUGAAAUGGAAAAAAGGAUUUCAGAAUGGGUUGCCAACUUGUCUUUGGGAGAAGAGGAGGUGGUUACCAUGUAUAUCACCAAGGAUGAGCAGGAGGCCGCCAUGAAAGAAUGGGAUGCAGAGGGAGAUUCCCUGAAGCGGCAAGCGAUGGAGGAUGAGAAAAAGAUGGAGUGGAGGCUCAGGAUGAUGAGGGAAAAGAAGAGGAGAGUGGAUGCGGCAAGUGAGGCGGCCAAAGAAUUAGAGCAGGUGAAGAACCUAAGAGAACAGUUGACCGCCGAGGUGGAUCUGCAACGAAAGGUGGAGGUCAUUGCCCAGAGUGUUGAGCGCUUGGCCCGGGAGACUCCCACACCACAUGUGCCUAUGGCAGAGGUUGCAGGCCGGUGUCUAGAUGGCUGCCCAGAGACUGCUUGUGUUAGAGUCUCUCCAGACACAUCCCUCACAGGCAUGGCUGAAGAAUUGAAGGAGAGGAUGCCCGCCUGGGCCAAGAUGAAAAAGGAGAAUAAGGGGCAGCUUAUAUUAGUAGACACAAAGAUUUUUAGAGGUCGAGUUGGCGCCUUACUGGAUAGUGGAGCCACUCGUAGUUAUAUUAGUAGGAAGGCGCUACAGAAGCUGAAGUUGAAACUAAAAGUCCAAAGAUUAGCGGACCCAAUCGUGAGUAUCCUCUCGAACAAUCGCACCAUGCGAGUAGAAGAGUACGUAGAGGGAGUCCAGGGGUAUGUCCGCCUAGAAAAGACUGGGAAAGUGGAGAAAGUUCUCCAUUCCCUGACUCUCCUCGUAGAGGAUAGCCUCCCGUUCGACAUAGUCCUAGGUAUGGACUGGGGAGAGGCAGCAGGGGCCACACUCCAUUUGAGAGAGCACGAGUGUAGGCUCCCUAGUCCGUCAGGCGGCGUCAAGACUGCCCGUCUGUUUCAUGUGUCAGGAGUAGACAACUCCCUGGCGCAUUGCUGCCUUAGUGCUCCUGCGUUUGCAAGGUUAGUGAAGAAGGAGCAACUAGAGGAACUGGUUUUUGUAGCCUAUGUUAGGCCAGUAACUGAGCCUAAGGAAGAAAAGCCUAUAGACCUUGCUAUUGCCAAGCUGCUGGAGGAGUUUAAAGAUCUAGCUGAGCCGCCGAUAGGAGUAGUUUCGCGGCCCAUCCAACAUCGAAUCGAGAUAGAGCCUGGCAGUAGAACGCCUAAGGGGGCCGUGUAUAGGAUGUCCCCGCGGGAGUUAGAGGAACUGCGCAAACAAUUAGACGAGCUCCUUGAGAGGGGUUGGAUUAGGCCCAGUUCGUCUCCCUUUGAAGCACCUGUUCUCUUUGUUCCCAGAAAGGAGGGAGAGCUGAGAAUGUGUAUAGAUUAUAGGGGUCUGAAUGCUAUCACAGUAAAGAAUGUUGAGCCACUGCCUAGGAUAGAUGAUCUUUUAGAUCGAGUGCAGGGGUGCAAGUAUUUUACGAAGAUGGAUCUAAAGUCCAGAUAUCAUCAGAUAGAGGUUCAUCCUGAUGAUCAGUACAAGACAGCUUGCCGGACUAGAUACGGGCACUACGAGUUCAUCGUGAUGCCCUUUGGACUAACCAACGCGCCAACGACUUUCCAGCGAUGUAUGAAAGAUUUGUUUAGGCCGUGGUUAGAUAGGUUUGUUGUAGUUUACUUAGAUGAUAUCCUAGUGUUUAGCAAGAUCCUCCAAGAGCAUCAGGGUCAUCUCAGGCAGGUCUUGGAAAAGUUGAGAGAAGCUAACUUCAAGAUCAACGCAAAGAAGUGCGAAUGGGAAAAGACCCAAGUUUUGUACUUAGGCCACGUCUUAGACGGAGACGGCAUCAAGCCAGAAGAUAGUAAGAUUGCAGCGAUCAGGGAUUGGCCUACACCGCGUACGUUGACAGAGUUGCGAUCGUUCUUAGGCCUAGCAAAUUAUUAUAGGAAGUUCGUAAGGAACUUCUCCACUAUCGUUGCGCCCCUUCGCAGACUGCUCAGGAAAGAGACUAUCUGGCAGUGGGAUAAGGACUGCAUGUCUGCUAUGAAGAAGUUGAAGCAAGCACUGAUAGAGUAUCCAGUCCUUAAGGUGGUCGAUCCGUCCUUACCCUUUGUCGUCACUACGGACGCUAGUCAGUACGGCAUAGGUGUUGUUCUGCAGCAAGACGAUGGCAAUGGUUAUAGGCCCGUAGAGUUCAUGUCUACUAGGAUGCCUUCAAAGAAGGUUGCGACAUCGACCUACGAGAGGGAACUCUACGCUCUCAGGCAAGCGCUAGAACACUGGAAGCACUACUUGCUUGGGAGGCAUUUCAAAGUCUAUUCUGACCACGAAACGUUACGAUGGUUAAAGACGCAGGCCAAGAUGACACCUAAGCUUACUAGGUGGGCCGCAGAAAUAGACCAGUACAUUUUUGAGCUCAAGCCAGUCAAGGGUAAAUAUAAUGUAGUUGCGGACGCUCUGAGUAGGAGAGCUGAAUACUUUGGAGCGAUAGUUCACUAUCUGGACAUAGGAAGAGACCUGCAGGAAAAGUGUUGGAUUGAAGUCAUAGAGCAGUAUGACUUUGAGCCCCAGUACAUCAAGGGCGAGUAUAACAAGGUUGUUGAUGAGUUGUCGCGUAGACCAGAUUUCUCCGGUGCUCUGAUCAUUGAGUUUGGGCUUGCGGACGAUGUUACUGGCUCUAUGGGGGAAGCCUACCGCGAGGAUCAGUUUAUGUCCGAGAUCAUUCGCAGACUCGAGGCGAAGGACAAAAUCACUUCUGCUGAGUUUGAGUUGGUCAACGACUUGCUGUUUCUUGAGAAGGUUGGGAAUAAACGUUUGUGUGUUCCCAAUAGGGAGUCUUUGCGUAGUUUAUUUCUAGGUGAGUGUCAUGAUGCCACCGGACAUUUUGGCUUGAAGAAGACUGCAGCCAAUCUGCUGCAGCGGUUCUGGUGGCCCACGAUGAUGAGAGAUGCCAAGCUGUACGUGGAGACUUGUCAGGUCUGUCAAAGAGACAAGCCACGUACACAGGCCCCUUUUGGGCUCCUCAAGCCCCUUCCGAUACCGGAAAGGCCCGGUGAGAGCUUGUCCAUGGACUUCAUGGACACACUCGUCACCAGCAAGAGUGGAAUGAGACACAUUUUUGUGAUUGUGGAUAGGUUUAGUAGGUAUGCUAGAUUAGUUGCAAUGCCGAAAACAGCAAAGACUGAGUACGUCAUUAGACUAUUCAAAGAGAACUGGGUCAGAGAUUUUGGAUUACCAAAGUCUAUCGUGAGUGACCGGGAUGUCAGAUUCACAAGCGAGUUGUGGAAGGCUGCAGUUGCAAAACAAGGGACACGGCUGCAGAUGACCUCUGGGAACCACCCAGAAGCCAAUGGCCAAGCAGAGCAGAUGAAUCGCGUUGUACAACACCUGCUGCGGCAUUACAUCAAGCCCAACCAAGUGAACUGGGAUGAGAAGCUUGCUCUCAUCGCCAGCUUAUACAACAACGUUGUGCACAGCGCCACAGGGUUAGUAGUACGACAAGUUCAUACCCCAGUAAGAAUUGAAACAAGGCAGAAGCAAGGCAAGGAGCUAGAAAGUCAUCCAGUGGAGGUUAACAUGAUGGAUGGGGAAAUUAUGACAGCAGAAGAAGAGCAGAACGAAAGGAAGGAGCACAAGGACAGUAUGGAACAGGCCAUUGUCCCUUUUAACCUGGAACUGAAUGUACAGCAGGGGGGGAUAAUCAGCAACCCUCUUUAUAAAGAUGAUGGAACAGGAGGGAAAGAGAUAGAAGGUGAUCAGGCAUCCAUUCAAGAAUCAGACAUCACGAAAUUGAAUGGAGGGCAGGCCAGAGGUUACGUAUUAGCCCCGGGCAUUGGAUCGGUGCUUACGUUUAGACAUCAGAGGAUGUCUACAACAUCACAGAUUUCACAAGGAGGCAGGAGAAGCUUGGUGGUUCAGACCGGCUCCUCACAAGAAGGAUUGCAAGAGUCAAGAAGAAGGAAAGGAGGUGAAGGAGAGGAGGGAAAGGAAGGAAAAGGGGAGGAGAGUGGGAAAGGAGAGGAGGGAGGGGAGGGUAGGGGUAAAGGGAAGGAAAUCAGUUUAAGUAAGGAAGGUAUUUUGAUGAAAGAACAAGAAAAGGACGAGAGGGCUGAUGUAUCUCAGGAACAGAUCCAACAGCAAGGGGGGAGAUCCCCUAUGCACGGUAGAUCACAGAAUCAGGAUCGGCAUUCGUCGUGGGUUCAGUGCGUAAAAGGGCAGCUUUAGAACAAAGAAUUGGAAAUCAG